GAGAAGGGGUGGGAGGCAUGACACUACUCUUUUCGGACACUCCUGAGCCUCACUAUCUUGGGACAUCGCUGGGAUCCACACGAGCCAUGGCCAAGCUGGUGGAAUGUGUGCCAAACUUCUCGGAAGGAAGGAACAAAGAGGUCAUUGAUGCCAUCGCAGAUGCCAUCUCUGCUACUGAUGGGUGCAGUCUGCUGGAUGUCGACCCCGGCUCCUCUACCAACCGCACAGUCUACACCUUUGUGGGCUCACCACAGGCCGUGGUUGAGGGGGCGCUGAAUGCGGCACGCACUGCCUUUGGCCUCAUCGACAUGGCUAAACACUCAGGGGAGCAUCCCAGGAUGGGCGCCAUGGACGUGUGCCCCUUCAUCCCAGUGCAGAACGUGACUAUGGGAGAGUGCGUGGACUGCGCCAACUCCUUUGGCGAGCGGCUCUCAGACAUGCUCCAAGUGCCAGUGUACCUCUACGGAGAAGCAGCCCGCGAGGAGAACCGAAGAUCUUUGCCCUCGAUUCGAGCUGGAGAGUAUGAGGCACUGCCUGAGAAGAUGAAAAAGUCUGAGUGGGCCCCAGACUACGGUCCUGCUGUGUUUGUUCCCUCCUGGGGGGCCACGGUGACAGGUGCCCGCAAGUUUCUCAUCGCCUACAACGUGAACCUCCUGAGCACUAAGGAGCAGGCACAUCGGAUUGCCCUGGACAUCCGCGAGCAGGGCAGAGGCAAAGACAAGCCAGGUCUCCUAAAGAAGGUACAGGGAAUGGGCUGGUUUCUCGAAGAGGCCAACCUGGCACAGGUGUCUACGAACAUCCUGGACUUUGAGCUGACCCCCCUCCAUGUCGUCUAUGAGGAGAUCUGCAGGGAUGCCAAGGAUUUGAACCUUCCAGUGGUGGGGUCCCAGAUAGUUGGUCUGAUCCCACUCAAAGCCAUGCUGGACUGUGCUGACUUUUACAUCAAGAGGGAUCAUCUUUUUGUGGUGGAGGAAGAGCACAAAGUGCGACUGGUCGUCAGCAAAUUGGGUCUAGAUUCCCUGGGGCCAUUUGUUCCCAAGGAGAGAAUAAUAGAGUACAUGGUGGAAAACACCCAGGAGGACAAGAGGCUUGUGUCCCUUCCUCUGCAGCAGUUUGUCCGCAGCGUGGGGGCCAGGACAGCUGCUCCUGGGGGAGGAUCAGUCUCUGCUGCUAUCGCUGCAAUGGGAGCUGCCCUAGGAUCCAUGGUGGGACAGAUGACCUAUGGGAAGAAGCAGUUUGAGAGUCUGGACAGUGUCAUGAGGCGACUCAUCCCCCCCUUCCACCAGGCUAUGAAUGAACUUCUGGCCAUGGUGGAUGAAGACUCCAGUGCCUUCAAUGCCUACAUGGAUGCGCUCAAACUUCCCAAAAGCACCACAGAUGAAAUUAAAAGGAGGGAGGUGGCUAUGCAAGAAGGUCUUAAAGAGGCUGUGGGGGUCCCGCUGUCCCUAGCAGAGAGGAUAAACCAGCUGUGGCCUUGUCUGAAAGAGCUGGAGGUCUACGGCAAUGUGGCCUGCAGGUCAGACCUCCAGGUGGCAGCGAAAGCACUGGAGGCUGCAGUCUUCGGAGCUUACUACAAUGUUACGAUCAACCUCAAAGACAUCACAGAUGAGUCCUUCAAAAUAACUACCCGACAGAGGGCCUCAGAUCUGCUGCGGGAGGCAAAGGAGAGCGCGCGUGCAGUGCUUGAUGCGGCAGACGGGAGAGAUUGACACGCUGGAGAGCGGCACGCCCACAUCCCAAGCUUCAAAUGAUAUUGCCUUGAACGCUGCAAAAUAAACACUGCGAAUAAA